AUGGAGAAGUUGGGUCCCAACUCGGAGGCCGCGAGAGAGCGUCUCGCGUGGCUCAAUAGCAAAGAAGCAAAGCAGAUCCAGUCCAAAAACAAGCGGGUAGUCCUGAUCGGUGUUUUAUUGGGCAUCGCCGCCAUGAUUGCCGUCGUGCUCGACGGUGUUCUGCGCGUCGAGAAGCAAGAUAAACUUUGUCUCGUCCUCGAUGACGACUUUUCCAACGGCUUCAACAAGUCGACCUGGAGCCACGAGAUUCAGCUUGGAGGCUAUGGUACCGGAUCGUUUGACUGGACCACAGACUCCGAGGCCAACACGUACGUCGAGGACGGCAAGCUCUACCUGGUGCCAACCCUUACGGUGCAGAACCUGUGGGCGCCGUAUUUCAACCUCGACGGAUUCAAACUCGAUCUCACCGCCGCUGGCAACUGCACGAGCGAGAAAGACACCGAUUGCCAAGCUGGAAACAACUUUGACGAAGGUCGCAUGGUCAACCCAGUGCAAAGCACGCGCAUCACCACCAAAAAGUCUUUCUCCAUUCGCUAUGGCAAGGUCGAGGUGAGGGCGAAGCUGCCCACUGGAAAUUGGCUGUGGCCAGCAAUCUGGAUGAUGCCACGAGACUCGGCGUACGGCGAAUGGCCCGCAAGCGGGGAGAUCGACCUCAUGGAAUCCUCGGGCAACAUGCCGCGCCAUCGAAUGGAUCAGCGUGCUACCGGCUCCGUCCAAUCGUCCUACCACUUCGGCCCGGACUGGAGGAGCAACGCCGGCGGCCACCACACAGGCUACCAGUUCCGAUGGCGCAACUAUUUCAACCAGGGCUACCACAACUACGUCCUGGAAUGGAACGAGAAGCGCAUGCGCGUCUACGUCGAUGACCCGCGCACCACCAUCUCGUACUUUGAAUUCCCCAAAGAGCCCAUGUGGGAGUACGGCAAGUUUGGAGAUAUUCAGCUCGACCCUCCGAUCCACAAUCCGUGGAUUCGCAGCGAAAAUCCCAACAUCGCGCCUUUUGAUCAGCACUUCUACCUCAUCCUCAACGUCGCCGUCGGUGGCAAGUACUUUGAGGGCACGGACGACGUCGUCUGGAACUCGGAGUCGGCCUUCCCGGCAACAACCUUCUGGCAGAACGUUAAAAAGUGGUAUCCAAGCUGGGCGACCGAUCCCAGGGAGCGAGGUAUGGCCGUCGAUCGGGUCCGCAUGUGGCAGAAGUGCUAG